AUGAGUGAAUCAAAAUCUACAGAGACAGCUCCUAUCUCUUCCGAUCCUCUGUCUUUGUACAACUCCGACACACCGGGACUUUCCCUAGUUAACAUCAAACUCGAAGGUCACAAUUAUGGCCAAUGGAGCAGAUCUAUGCAUCUCAGCCUCAGCGCCAAGAACAAGCUUGGAUUGGUUGAUGGAACAGUCAAGGCCCCUUCAUCCAAUGACCCAAAAUUCUCAAUCUGGCAGCGCUGCAAUGACAUGGUCCUGUCAUGGAUCGUGCACUCUCUUCAUCCGGACAUUGCCAGCAGUGUCCUUUAUGCUAAAACAGCGGCGGCUAUUUGGACAGAUCUUCGAGACCGUUUUUCACAGAGCAAUGACGCCAGAAUUUAUCAGAUUCGACAAGAAAUUGUCGAGUGCAGACAAGGAACGCAAACUAUCUCCAUCUAUUACACAAAGUUGAAAGCUCUUUGGGAUGAGUUGGCUUCAUACCAAGAGCCCUUUAUCUGUGACUGUGAAGGACUAAAAAAACCUUGCUGA